GACGCUGGGCGGCAAGGUGCGCAGGCGCCCCAGGCGCUACCAACUGAAGCAGCAAUGGACGCGCUGGAGUCGUUGUUGGACGAAGUGGCCCUUGAGGGGCUGGAUGGCUUGUGUUUGCCGGCGCUUUGGAGCCGUCUGGAGUCCCGAGUGCCUCCCUUCCCGCUGCCGCUGGAGCCCUACACGCAAGAGUUUCUGUGGCGGGCCCUGGCCACGCACCCGGGCAUCAGCUUCUAUGAGGAGCCUCGGGAGCGACCCGACCUCCAGCUCCAGGACCGGUAUGAAGAGAUUGAUUUGGAAACUGGAAUUUUGGAGUCCAGAAGGGAUCCAGUCCCUUUGGAGGAUGUCUACCCCAUUCACAUGAUCUUGGAGAACAAGGAUGGCAUCCAGGGCUCGUGCCGGUACUUUAAGGAGAGGAAGAACAUCACCAAUAACAUCAGGACCAAGUCUUUGCAGCCACGUUGUACGAUGGCCGAAGCCUUUGACAGGUGGGGCAAGAAGCUGAUCGUCGUUGCCUCCCAGGACAUGCGCUACAGGGCCUUGAUAGGACCCGAGGGGGACCCUGACCUCAAGCUCCCUGACUUCUCCUACUGCAUUUUGGAGCGAUUAGGCCGGUCCAGGUGGCAAGGGGAGCUGCAGCGGGACCUUCACACCACUGCUUUCAAGGUCGAUGCUGGGAAGCUUCAUUAUCACAGGAAAAUCUUGAACAAGAAUGGGCUUAUCACCAUGCAGUCACAUGUGAUCCGGUUACCCACUGGAGCCCAACAGCACUCCAUCCUCCUCCUCCUGAAUCGCUUUCACGUAGACAGGAGGAGCAAGUACGACAUCCUCAUGGAGAAGCUGUCAAUGAUGCUGAGCACACGGAGCAACCAGAUGGAAACACUGGGCAAGCUGAGGGAGGAACUGGGGCUGUGUGAAAGGACAUUUAAGCGCCUAUACCAGUACAUGCUGAACGCCGGGCUGGCCAAGGUGGUGUCCCUUCCCCUGCAAGAGAUUCACCCUGAAUGUGGACCGUGUAAGACCAAGAAAGGAACGGACGUCAUGGUUCGGUGCCUCAGACUGCUGAAGGAGUUUAAGCGGAAGAUGGAUGAUGACCAUGAUGAUGACGAUGACGAGGAGGUCAUCUCCAAGGGAGUGCCCCCAGUGGACAUUGUGUUUGAGCGGGACAUGCUUACACAGACCUACGAGCUCAUCGAGCGCAGAGGCACGAAAGGAAUCUCCCAAGCUGAAAUCCGAGUGGCUAUGAACGUGGGAAAACUGGAGGCGAGAAUGCUGUGUCGGCUUCUUCAGAGGUUCAAAGUUGUCAAGGGGUUCAUGGAAGAUGAAGGUCGGCAACGGACCACCAAGUACAUCACCUGUGCAUUUGCAGAGGAAAGCGACCUGAGCCGGCAGUACGCUCGGGAAAAAGCCCGGGGAGAGCUGCUGACCACAGUGAGCCUUGCCUCAGUGCCAGAGGAGUCCCUGCUCCCCGAAGGAGAAGACACCUUCCUCUCUGAGUCGGAUAGCGAGGAGGAGAGCGGUGGUGGCAAGCGCAGGGGCCGAGCACCAGGGCACAUGAGGUCCUCUGUGGACUUGGGCUCCAGCACUCAACCUCAUCACUCCACCCCAGCCAAGGGUGCAUGGAAAGUCCUAAACCUCCACCCGUUGAAGGCUCAGUCAUCUUCCUCUCUGGGAGCGGCCGAGGAGAAGGGCCGCCGGAGCUCUGGAGACCGAGACAGCCUCCUGGACACCAGCGGCUCCUCGGACCUGGUGUCCUUUGACCCUCAUUGUGUGGAGAGUAGCAGCGGGGACAUUGCUGUGAUUGAGGAGGUCCGGUUGGAAAACCCCAAGGAGAGCAGCGGUUCCCAGAAGGCUGGGAAGCAUGGCCAAGGCCAGGACAAGCCUCACAAAACCUACCGCCUACUGAAGCGCAGAAAUCUGAUCAUAGAAGCCGUCACCAACCUCCGCCUGAUUGAGAGCCUGUUCACGAUUCAGAAGAUGAUCAUGGAUCAGGAGAAACAAGAGGGUGUGCCCACCAAAUGCUGUAAGAAGUCCAUUGUCCGCCUGGUACGGAACCUAUCUGAAGAAGGUCUCCUGAGACUGUUUCGGACUACAGUCAUUCAAGAUGGCAUCAAAAAGAAGGUGGAUCUGGUCGUGCACCCAUCCAUGGACCAGAAUGACCCUCUGGUCAGAAGUGCCAUUGAGCAGGUCCGCUUCCGAAUUUCCAACUCAAGCACAGCAAACAGGGUGAAGGCCCCUCAUCCUCCAGCGCCCCAAGAAGAGGCCGAAGAAGAAAAUCAGGAGCCAGAGGGCCCAAGUGGUCCAAAAGAGUCCGAGCCUGCAGCUCCCUCCAAGCCAGAGAGUGGGCGGAUGAAAAAGACUGAUGAGAAAAUGGGUGUGACCCCACUUAAAAAUUACAAGCCUAUUGUAGUUCCUGGACUUGGGCGUUCCCUUGGGUUUCUGCCCAAAAUGCCUCGCCUGCGGGUCAUUCACAUGUUCCUGUGGUACCUGAUCUAUGGCCACCCUGCCAGCCAUCCGGUGGAGAAGCUGAGCUCCAGCAGUGAUAAAAAAAUGGGCAAGCAGGAGCUGGGCAAGGCAGGAGCCCAGCCCUCCUCCUCUGGAAGCGACUGGGAGGCUUCCUCUGAAGCCAAGGACACCCUCGAAAGCACCGCCCGGGAGGCUGAAGUAGAGCUCUCCUCAGAGAUAGUGUACGUGGACGAAGCCUCAUGGAUGCGCUAUGUCCCUCCCAUCCCGGUCCACAGGGACUUUGGCUUUGGCUGGGCUCUCGUCAGUGACAUUCUUCUCUGCCUGCCCCUCUCCAUCUUUGUCCAGGUUGUACAAGUCAGCUACAAGGUGGACAACCUUGAUGAGUUUCUGAAUGACCCUCUGAAGAAGCACACGCUGAUCCGGUUCCUCCCCAGGCCCAUCCGGCAGCAGCUCCUGUACAAGAGGCGGUACAUUUUCUCAGUGGUGGAGAACCUUCAAAGGCUGUGCUACAUGGGGCUGCUACAGUUCGGUCCCACAGAAAAGUUCCAGGAUAAAGACCAGGUCUUUAUUUUCCUGAAGAAGAAUGCUGUCAUCAUCGACACCACCAUCUGUGACCCACAUUAUAACCUGGCGCACAGCACGCGGCCCUUUGAGAGGCGCCUCUAUGUUCUGGACUCCAUGCAGGAUGUGGAGAGUUACUGGUUUGACCUGCAGUGUGUCUGCCUCAACACCCCACUAGGUGUGGUGCGCUGUCCAUGUGUCCAGAAGAGCAACCCUGAUCAGGGCAGCGGCCAGGAGGGCCUGCAGAAGGAGCAGGAGAGUGCCAUUGACAAGCAUAACCUAGAGCGCAAGUGUGCCAUGCUGGAGUAUACCACGGGGAGCCGUGAAGUGGUAGAUGAAGGCGUGGUCCCUGGAGAUGGGCUGGGUGCUGCUGGGCUCGAUUCCAGUUUCUAUGCACACCUAAAACGCAACUGGAUCUGGACCAGCUACAUCAUCAACAAAGCCAGAAAGGAGAACAUGGCCGCAGAGAAUGGGCUCACAGUGAGGCUGCAGACGUUUUUGUCCAAGCGCCCUUUGCCGCUUGGUACAGGAGGUAGUGACAGGCUGCCUGUCUGGGGAGAAGCAAAAGCAGACACUGACCCCUGUGCUGACAAGGAGGAGCAGCUGGAGGUGGACCGGGAGCCCACUCAGGGCCGGAACCGCAGAGUGCGGGGAGGGAGAGGCCAAAAGCGGAAGCGGCCGAAGAAGGAGCCUGGGAAGAGGACGAAGAAAAGGAGAAAAGGAGAGCUCCCAGAAGUCAAAAACAAACGACUACGCUACCAUGACGAGGCCGACCAGAGCGCUCUGCAGAGGAUGACGCGGCUGCGCGUGUCCUGGUCCACGCAGGAGGAUGGUCUGCUCAUGCUGUGCCGUAUCGCCAGCAACGUCCUCAACACCAAGGUGAAGGGUCCAUUUGUCACCUGGCAGGUUGUUCGGGACAUUUUACAUUCUACCUUUGAAGAGUCUUUGGAUAAAACGUCUCACUCUGUUGGACGAAGAGCUCGCUAUAUAGUCAGAAACCCACAAGCCUAUCUGAACUACAAGGUGUGCCUGGCUGAGGUGUACCAGGAUAAAGCCCUCGUUGGAGACUUCAUGAAUCGAAAGUGUGACUAUGAAGACCCAAAGGUUUGUGCCAGUGAGUUUAAAGAAUUUGUGGAGAAGCUGAAGGAGAAGUUUAGUUCAGGCCUGAAGAAUCAUAACCUGGAGAUCCCUGACACACUUCAGGAGCUGUUUGCCAGGUACCGAGUUUUGGCAAUCGGAGAUGAAAAAGAUCAAAUCAGGAAAGAAGAUGAGCUUAAUAGUGUGGACGACAUCCACUUUCUGGUGCUGCAGAACCUGAUCCAGAGCACGCUGUCACUCUCCAACAGCCAGAUGAAGUCCUGCCAGUCCUUCCAGACUUUCCGCCUCUACCGGGAGUACAAGGAACCUGUGCUGGUGAAGGCCUUCGUGGAGUGCCAGAAAAGGAGCCUGGUCAACCGGCGCCGUGUCAACCACUCGCUAGGCCCAAAGAAAAACCGGGCCUUGCCUUUCGUGCCCAUGUCCUACCAGUUGUCUCAGUCCUACUACAGGCUCUUCACAUGGCGAUUCCCCAGCACCCUCUGCACGGAGGCCUUCCACUUCUACCACAGAGUCCUGGCCGCUGGCAAGUUGGACCAGCCAGACCACUUUGCCUUCAAAGACCAGGAUAACAGUGACGCCCCAAACCAUCUGGUGCCAUUUUCUCUGGAUGGCCCUGGGGGACACUGUGUGACAGCCUUGAUCCUUUUCUCUCUGGGCCUCAUUUCUGUGGAUGUCAGGAUUCCGGAACAGAUUGUGGUAGUGGACAGUUCUGUGACAGAAAAUGAGGACAUGAAGAGCCUGGGGAAGGACGGCACCUUGGAUGAGGAUGAGGAUGAAGAGGAGGACUUGGAGGAAGGCUCGGGGGCUAAGCGCCAGAGUGUCGAGGUGAAGGCUCACCAGGCCUCGCACACCAAGUACCUGCUGAUGCGAGGGUACUGCGCACCUGGUGCUGUCAGCACACGCAACCUCAAUCCCAAUGACAGCGUUGUGGUCAACUCCUGCCAGGUGAAGUUCCGGCUCCGCAGCACCGCCAUUCCUGCCCGCCUUGGGCCCCUCACUACUCCUCUGGAAGAGCUCGCCGUGGGAACCUCCUGCCUCCCGGACACCUUCACCAAGCUGGUGGACCCCCGAGAACACACCUGCGGCAUGCAAGAGUUUGCCCGGCGGGGCACUUCUGGGUAUAGCCCUGAAGAUGUGUCUGCCGCCCUGGAGAUCUGGGGCACUGUCACUGCUGCAGGCCAGUUUGGGAUUGACAAGGAGAAGCUGAGCAGAGAGUUCUCAGCCUUGGAGAAGGCAGGGGGCAAGCGCACCAGGAUGUUCUCAGACUACAUCCAGGACCUCUUGGAACAGCACCAGGUGCUGGAAGUUGGUGGCAACACCGUCCGCCUGGUGUCCAUGACCCAUGCAGAGCCUUGGCUCCUGCACUCUGUGCGGCUGAGGGGUGAAGAGGACGGAGCCGAGGCUCCAGGGGAAGACGCCCAGUUCCAGCCUCCUGAGAGGCCUGCCACUGAGGACAAUGCCCCCGAGGGCCCAGCCAUGCUUCCCCAGAGCAGCAAGCGGCGUGCCCGCUCAGCCAGUCAGAGCAGUGAGGCUGACUCUGAGGGCACCCUGAAGCCCCCUGCAAAGAGGCUCACGCUCCAGGACGUGCGUCUGGUCCCCAUCCCUGGGCCCAGGUCAGAAGAGAGGGUGGAAAUUCCAGCCCCAGCUCUUCCCCUGGCUCCUGAAGACACAGAUGCAGAGGACCCCAGGCAGGAGGACCAGGAGGCUGUAGGAGACCCCAGCUUCCCAGGCCAGGAGCAGCUGAGCUGUCAGGCCCAGCAUCCAGAAGACACUGAAGACCCCAGAGGGCUCACAGAAAGCCAUGUGGCCAGUGGUCCCUCCCAGGCAGCUCGGGAAAGUGACUGUGAGAGUAUCUGCUUCAUCGGCCGCCCAUGGCGUAGCGUGGACGGUCACCUGAACUUGCCAGUGUGCAAGGGUAUGAUGGAGGCAGUGCUGUACCAUGUCAUGAGCAGGCCUGGCGUUCCCGAGAGCUGCCUGCUGCAGUACUACCAGGGCGUCCUGCAGCCUGUUGCUGUGCUGGAGCUGCUCCAGGGCCUUGAGUCCCUCGGCUGCAUCCGGAAGCGUGUGCUGAGCAAGCCGGCAGCAGUCUCACUCUUCUCCAGGCCUAUGGCAGAGGAGGCAGAGGAGGUGACACCUAGCCUGAGCGAGAGCUCCACUGUCUUUUAUGAGCCCACUUUGGACUGCACCAUCCGGCUGGGCCGAGUGUUCCCCCACGAUGUCAACUGGAACAAGUGGCUACACUUCUAGGGACCUGUGCUCAUCCCACCUGCAGCUCUGGGAGCCGGGAGAGCUUUGGUCCCUCCACUCCUGAGUCCUGGGCACCCUGGGGCUACCAUGGCCUCUCUGAACCCAGGCUCGGGGAGUAUAGCUACCCUAGAGGACUUGGUCCCAAGGGCUUCGGAGAGGUAGCUGCAUCUUGGGAGCAGAGCUGAGUCACCUCCCAAGCCCAGAGCCUCUGCCCACCUCAUAGUUGUCAUUUGUCCCUACUACCCAGGCCAGAUUCCAGCCACCAUGGCCAAGUGGCACAAAGAGGAAGGGCCUUAUGUUGCAGAACAGGGCCCAUCGGAGCCUGUGGCUCCUCUCCAAGGCAGGAUGUCCCAAUUCUGAGGUCUGGAGUGAGUCCCCAGAGGGGAGCCCAGGAUCCCCUGGUAGCUUGGCAGGGGCAGCUCUCUUCUUAGUCUGUAGAUGGAAAUGAGACCCUCUAGGUUUUGGUUCUGUUUGUUUUAUCUUGUUAUUUCUUUCUUGUUUUAUUUUGCUCUUUCUCAUUUAAAAACUAGUCCCAGGCGUGUUUGUAUUUAUUUUUUAAUUAAACUGAAGUCAGAUGUGUUUAGUUUGUGUAUUUCCCCAACUGUUGAUUCCCAAGAGGACCACUGCUUUCCACCCAGAAAAGGCCAAGGUGCAGGGAAGCCCUGGUCCUGAGUGUGGGGAGGCCCUGGCCAGCUGCCUCAGGAGCAGGUGAGAGCUGGACCUUCAUUGCCCACCCCCUCGGAGGCUCCCAGUCCUGCCCUGCCUGCAGGAGACCUUGGUUAAAGUUCU